AACAACAUGGCCAGUCAUCGAAUCAUCCAAUCUGUCAUGUACGCCGGCAAUUUCACCAGCUCAGAAUCCGGCUGGGUAAUCGGCCAGGAGCACGGAAUGCAGCAUAGCGAUGAGUGCAUCUUCCAAAGACGGAAGCCCACGGUUGUACUCUUUGUGCUCUACGGACUGGCCGUGCCCACCUUGUCCGCCUUUGGACUGUGUACGAACUUUAUCAACGCCGUGGUAUUCAUGCGUCCCAAGAUGACGCCAUCGGCCUUCAGUUACCUGGCGGCCCUUUCGUGGAUGGACUGCAUCUCGUGCCUGCUCAUCACAUUGACUGCUCUGUCCAGGAGCUAUUUCUACAGCAGUCCCACAUGGAUUACCUACGACUAUCAGUGGCAAACGCCACUCUUUGGCAUCAGCACUGGCGGAGCGAACCUUAUCCUAGCGUGUCUGAGCCUGGAUAGAUUCAUCUAUCUGUCCAGUUUUAAAAGGAACAACGGGGCCCCGCGAUUUUGUCGCCGAAAGGUGGCUCGCUGCAUCAUCGUGGUGGCAAUAGGCAUAUCCAUCGUGGUCAAUAUGCCAUACUUUUUCGUCUUCUACGUUAGCGACUCGGGGACUUGUCACGUCACAGAAUUUUACUACACAAAUUUUUAUAAAGUUCAAAACUGGUUCACCUUCGCCUUGUUGGCCCUUCUGCCAGCCAUAUUCCUGCUCAUCGGCAAUGGAGCUAUUAUUAUAGCCUUCCGGAAGUGGACGAAGCAAAGUCGAAUAUGCCAGGCUAACAACCCCGCUGCCAAUAGCCGCACCACUGCCAAGCGAUAUCAGCACCAAAUGAAGUUGACAAUCAGCAUAGUGAUUGUGAUUACAUUGUACCUCUUUGGCGAACUUCCCGCACACAUGACGUCCAGAAAGAGCUCGUUAAAUCUUUUAUUCGGUGGUGAUACCAACAAGGUGGAUGACUCCUUCAUUGAGCAGCUGGAGGUGAUCUGCAUAACAUUGAAUGCACUGCAGUUGUCGCUGAACAUAGUUGUCUAUGCCGUGAUCAAUCCAUCGUUUAUUCCCGAGUUUUUCCUGUGCCUCAAGGGAACCUCCGAUGUGUGCUUCGGUUUGUGUUGUUUCCGGGCUGUAAAAAGGACAUGGAGACGCUGCCAGGACAAGAGAAAGCAGAAGGCCACGGCGGAGGAGCGGGUGGUGAGCAGUGUGACUCCACAACAUCUGCCACCAGAUGAGGCAUUGCCAUGCGGUUGCGAAAGUUGGGCCAGUGACUCCAGCUGCAAGAUCAAUGGCCAUUGCAAGACGGCAGUGGGUACAUUCACCAUGAAGGAUUCCGAGCAGGACGAAGGAAGUCAUAGCCACCAUGAGUCGGAGGUUUUCUACACCAGAUCUAGCGCCUGCCUGCACACAAAGGAUUCCGCACCCGACGAGGAAUCCAUAUUCAAUUCUAGCUUUAUAAUUAUAACUUAAGCUAACUUAUUCCGCAUACGUAACUAGAAUUAAGACUAAUAAUUUAUAUGCGCAUUGUGCUAUAGCGAUUAAACAAACGGUUCCAUA